CAAAACAAGAUGGCUACCGCCACUCCUAUUUCCGUGGAAGAGUUUUCUCUAUUAGAAAAGGAAGCCAAGAAUCUUAUGACAAACGGAGAGGUCGAGAAAGCUGAAACGUUGUACACAAAUUUUAUUGAAAGGACACAGGAGACUACAAGCGACAGAAAAUUCCUUGCCCUGGCAACAAAUAAUCGUGGACAUUUACGUUACCUAACUGUAGACUUUUAUGGUGCUAUUCAAGACUAUACCGCCGCGAUAGAACUUGAUCCAAGUUUAGCGGUGUCCUACUAUAAUCGUGGACAAAUUCACUACAGAAUGGGAAGGUUUAAACUUGCAAUAGAUGACUUGGAGAGGGCUUUAGAGGUGGACCCAAAUUUUACUGAUGCUCAAGAUAAUUUAAGACAAGCAAGGAAAGAUUUUGCUACCUAACCCAACUGACACUUACCC